AUGUUAAAGAUUAUAAGAAGAGGAAUUUAUUACUCGCACGAAAAAAAAAAGUAUUAUACAAAUAGGCUAUAUAAGAAGGUGUGUAACAGUUGCUUAAGUUUAAACAUAAAUAACAUGGACAAAUGCAUAUAUUGCAACAAUAUAUUAAAUGAUAAUGAUAUUAGAUUAAUAAAAAAUAAUAUUUACACAGACAUAAUUAAUGUUAGAAAAAAUUUUAAGAUAUUUGAUGAAAAAAAUAAUAAAGAAAAUUAUUAUGAGCCAUUAUUAAAUAACGUAAAAAUUGAUGAUAAAUAUGUGCAUAUAAAAAAUGGCAAAAUAAAUAACAGUAAUAAGCUAUAUGUGUAUUAUAAUUGUUAUGAUUAUAUUAUAUUAAAUAACCCAUAUAGCAAUUCAUGUUUGAAUCUUACUAUUUUAUUUAAAGGGAUUAUGUAUGAUGUUAAAAAUUUAAAAAGGAAAGAUUUAAACUGUUUAUUACAUUUGUACAAUUAUGCUUAUUUCAUUAUGGACAUAUUUUUAUACUUUCUCAUUAUUAGUAAAGGGAAAGGUGUUCAUUAUAAAUACAUGUGUAACAAAUAUAGAGACUGUGAUCAGGAUUACAAUGAAGAAAUUGUAGACAUUUUAUUUGAAUUAAAUAAAAUUAUUAAAGAAAGAAAAAAAAACAUAGGAAUAAACUCUAUUAAUAGUGAUAAUAAAUAUAUGGAAAAUAUAAAUGAAGGAAAUAUUAUAGAUAAGUUAAAUGAAAAUUAUGUUAAUAUAUAUACAAAUAUAUUGAAAAAUACAGAAAAUAAAUCUAUAUUAAGUAUGUUUUUCAAAAAAUUAGAAGAUGCUAAUAUUAAAAAUAAAAUACAAGCUUUAAAAAAAUAUAUGUAUAUGGGCGCGCCUUACCCAUCUCCUAUAAAUCAUUUUUCUAUUCAAAUUUUAUUCCCUCCUUUUUCGAAUUAUAAUUUUUUUACAUUUCCUUUUUAUUUUCCAAUACAAAAAAUUAUAUAUGAUUUGUACUUAUAUGGACAUGUAAAAAAUUAUAACCAUUCGGAAAUAAUUAAGAAUAUUUACAGUAACAAGUUGAUUAAAGAAAUUAAAGAAGGCGACUUAUGUACAAAGAAAAUAAUCGAUUUUUGA